AUGCAGAGCCUGUGGAAUGCUGUCGGUGAUCUUGCUGGCAGACGCAGCAUGUCUCAGAUUUCAAUCGAUCCCACAGCUGUGAUUCGACGGUCGCAUAACGAUGUGGACAAAUACCAGAAGCUUUGCAAGGGGCUCUCGCCCUGGGACGACUUGCAGACUUUAUCGGAGAUGUUGAUGGCUGCAGUCUAUAGCCGAGCUGCCUAUGCCUACACGGGGCGCCGUGGCCUGUUCGAUUCCGUGACACAAGGAGCCAUGGUUUUCUCAGUGCAUCGUGCAGCUUUUGACUUCGCGGAGCAUGUCGAUGAUGCAUCCAACGAGGCUGCCUUCCUCGACAUGAUGUGCCUGGCACCAGAAGACCUGGUGUGUGCACAGUGGCGCAGCUUGGGGCCCCUCCAGCCGGCCUUUGCGGUUGCGCGAGAUCACUCGCUCCAAUGGAUCGUGGUUUCCGUCCGUGGCACUCUCUCGCUGAAGGACAUCCUCACAGACUGUGCCGUGAACUCCGUGCCGUUCCUGGAAGGCACAGCUCACGAGGGCUUUGUCAAAACAUCUCAGAAGCUGCUGGAGGAAAUCGAGGACGUGCUGCGGAAAGAGAUGGCCGCACACAAGGACUACCGACUGGUGUUCUGUGGGCAUAGCAUGGGCGGAGCAGUGUCCGCCAUGUGCGUGGCCAUGCUGCGGGACAAGGCAGCCAAAGAUGCUGACCUCUAUGGCCCAUGGGCUUCACAAUGCUGUGCCUAUGGCAUCGGCACCCCGGCAGUGCUUUCCCGCAACAUCUGUGAGCGUCUGGCCCAAAGUCACGCAGCUUUCGUGGCGGUAAACGCGCAGGACUGGUCCCCUCGCGCGUCCGUGUCGAGCGUCUCCGAGCUCCUCGACAAUUUGGUGGAGCUCAGCCUUGCCCGGACAGUGAUCCGCAUGGCCACAGGCUCCGAACCGCAGCCACGGCGUCCGGAACCUGCACAGCUGGAGCAACUUCCGCCUGGAGUGGUGCUGCAGAUUGCGCCGGGCCAGGUGUUGGCUUCAGAGAUGGCGUCGGCAGACAUGAAGGAAGCGAAAGCGGAGGAAGUGCAGCCUGAGCCGGAGGUGAAGGACAAAGCCGGCAAUGACCUUGCGGCAAAGGAGGACGUGGACCUGGAGAUGUCCCAAAGCGAUGCCACGGAGGACCUGGAGAACUUGGAGAAGCCGGAUCAGCCGCCAGUCCGGAUAAUGAUGCUUGUUAUGCUCAGCAUGUUUCAGGGCUAUGCCUCCAUGGUCGGCCCGCUCCAAUCGGCCUACAAGCACCGCUUGGGCAUCAGCACGGAUGGAACAGCGGCAGCACAUGCCUUCACACAAGCGGCCGUGGGAGUCCACUACGGUAAGCUGAUAGCUCGCCUCGGGCACAAUGUCAUCUUCGCAUGCCUCAGCCCAUGGGCCCGUGUGGUCAUCGCGAUGGGCUUCAUGUUCGUGGGGAUCACGAUCCCGACCAUUUUAGUUUUCUCCUUGGGCUGGGACUGGGUGGGAUCGGUCUUCAUCGCCUACAUUCUCUCAGGCCUGGGGCUUGGGAUUUUCGAGGUGACCUUCCUCAGCGUCAUCACGCCCUUGGGCAGGGCCACGAAGGCCUGGGCAAUUGUGGGUGCCCCCGCGGGCUUUGCGACCAUCAACAUCCUCGGCCUCACAGCCUCAUCAUUCGGACUGGAGAUGGUGUACAUCUACUGGUACAUCCUGGCCUGCCUGCCCGUCGGGCUCUUCCUUUUCUACAGCUUUGCGCCUCGGGGCAACACAGAGCUCAAGACGGCGAACUUUGGGUCCUCGCUGCUCCAGGCCCGGCGAUGGAUGCCCGGCAUGAUCCCUUUCUUUGCAGCGCAGUUCCUCAGUCAUUUCGCUAUGGAGAACUGGCCGGCCAUCUUCUACAUGUUCCACCCGCCCAUGGUGCCCCUCUUUAACCCCAAGAGCGACCAACACCUCAUGAAGUGGGGACAGUUCUUUGCCAUCACCUACAUCUUCAUCUUCCUGGGAGAUUCCAUCAGCCGCCGCAUCGCCAUCUACCUGUCCACGCCGAGCCUGCGGAGGCGUUUGGUCUUCCUGGGCCUGGCCAUGUCUUGCAUCGCUCUGGGCUUGUACCUGGAGUCUCUUGCCAUUGCCAUCAUCAUCCCCUUGGCCAUCUUCUUGGUCUUUUGGGGGAACGGCACUAUCUACGGUCUCACGGCCCACCAUGUCGACAAGCAUGUGCCGAGCGAGCACAACUUGGCAUCGUACUCUUUCUGGUGCUUUGUGGGCGAUCUAGGUGCUGUUCUUGGGGGCAUUCUGGUGGACAGCAAUCGGGCAGGGGGAGUUGAAGAGUCAGGCUCCGACACAGGUAGUUUUCCCGCUCUGACAGCGCUUCGCCGGCUCUUUGCCGGACCGGGCGAGCCCGCGGCAAGCGCCAAGCUCCCGAGCUACCCGGACAAGGCUUGCGGAGUCCUGAGUGCUGAGCUGAGGGUCAUCUGCUCUGAGAGCGUGGUCUUCCUGUGA